GAUAUUUUAAAGUAAGUUUUUAUUUUGGAAUACUUUUACAGAAAAUUUACAGAACAAAGAUAGCAUAGAGAGUUCCUGUAUUCCCCUCAUCCAGUUUCCCUCAUUAUUAACAUCUUACAUUACCAUGUUACAUUGGUCAAAAUUAAGUAAAGACUGAAAUCCGUACAUUACUAUAAACUAUGAUAUAGAUUCUUUGUUUUCCCAGUUGUAUCUUCUUUCUGUCCCAAGUGAGAUAGGUUUUUAAAGUUAUUUGAUACUUUAUAAACAAUUCUGUGGUCUAAAGACCAAGCUCUGUGCAUAGAAUUACAUAAAUUUAGAGCUGCCUGGGUCCUUCAUCUUGAGGUAAAAGUGCUUUGGCUUUCCAAUCAAUUGAACACAAUCUCUAGUACUGCCACUUGAACAGCUGUGUGUCUUUGGGCAUACUGUUUACUUAUCCUAAGUCUUAGUUUCCUCAUUUGUAAAAUGUGGGUAGUAAGACCUCUCCAACUGUGAUGGUUCCUGAGAUCUUUCACAGUAGGAGAAUGCAGUGUUGAGAAAUGUACAAAUUUUUCUUUUUUAGAGAAGUAGGUCUCCUUAUGCAGCGCAGCCUGGCUUUGAUAUCCUGGGCUCAAGCAAUCUUCCUGCCUUAGUCUCUUGAGUAGCUGGAACUACAGGUACACACCAAUGCACUCAGCAAAACUUAUUUUUAAUAGGUAAUUAGACUUUUAUGGUUAUUAAAUUAAUACCACAAAAGUAGUACUCUGCAUGGAACACCUAUGACAUUUUACAUAUCUUAAAUUAGUAACAAAGACUCUCCUCUGAGCCCUCUUCUCCAUCUUCCUGUCUAGCUUGCCUGGCUCAGCUGUAGCAAGAAUUCUGCAUCAGUUUAGAGAAAAACCCACACCCCUGAUAUCUGAUCACCCUGGCCUUUUUUAGCACAAAUUCUGUUAAGUUGGCGUAGCAAAAAUUUCCCCAUUCUUGAUGUCUCUUCUUAGUAAUUUUCCAACCACCAACCCCUCAACUUUGCUCCUUGACUAUACAUCCCCGCUCCUUGCUGUAAUUUGGAGUUGAGCCUGAUCUCUCUCCUAUUGUGAUAGUCUUGACAGCUAUCAAAAUAGUCCUGAAUUAAGUGUUCCUUACUAUUUUAACAAGUGUCAGAAUAUUUUUUCUUUAAUGUAGUGACAAUAACGUAGUAAUAUAAACUAAUUUCCAUUUAUCACCCCUGAUUCAUCAGAAACAUUUUAAAAAUAACCCCUUCAAGUUUUAAUAAGCCUCUUUAAACUAUUUUUGCUUUGUUACAGAUAAUAUGAAUGCUGUAAGGCAUUUUUCUACCAUAUGUGUCCUUUAUCCAAAUGUUCAGCACUUUUCUAAUUUUAUGACUAGACGUUGACUCCCACUUCCCAGCUCCCACUAAUCUCUCACACACGGAGUAAUUUUAAUUUGAAAUGCUUUAGUCAAUUAUCCUUUACUUGUAGAACUACAUUUCAGAAACGUCCUUCCCUUUGUUGGGAAAGAUGUUCUUAACAAAGGAUAGGAUGUUUCUGUCUGCUGAUGAAAAUGUCAUACCAAAGCACGUCUUACUUUCUCAGGAGCUUACUCUACUCCAGUCUCAUCUCUUCUCACCAACUGAGGAGUGCUUAGUAGUGCCUGGAACAUUGGAAGUGCUGAACAAAUGACUGCUGUCAUUGAGACCUCAACUUUAAUUUUUUUUCGGCUUCUUUAUUUCAAAGUCUUCACUGCAGAAACCUCUCAUUCUGACCUGCCUUUGCUUUACUUCCUUUUCUCAUUCUCAACCAAGAGUUCUCUCUUUAUCUACAAAAGAAAGAGUGACUUGCAAUCUGCAGAUAAGGAAACUGAUGUCCUGGUUAUAAAGUUAUCAUGCAGAAAUAAUUCAAGUAUACUAGAAUUUUAUGGAUGGUGCACUCUAGGUGGGUAAUGAGGUCUAAAAGAGAAAAGAUAUACAACAUCAAGUAGGUGCCCAAGAAAUGGUAGGUCCCUUUCUCCCUUCCUGCCUCCUCAUUUUUAUAGAUGAGGACAUUUUUACAGAAGCCCGAAUAGAUAAGUAGUCACAAUCAUGUUCUAAGAAAAACAAAAAAAGGGUGGCGGAUGCCGUAUUUUAUUUUUCGUCAUCACUCUCCUUUUCCUGCUGCUCAUUCAGUUAUGGUUUCAUGACCCAUAUAAUAAUUCCACAAGGCUCACCAAUGUUAUCUGGCACCUGCUAGAGAAUAGAUAUAGUAACAGAGGCAAAUAUUUUGGCGAAGUUUAACAGUUGUGUUGCCUUCUAGAAUUUCAUAGUAUCUGAUGUGCAAAAACAAGCAAAACAUUCAUUGUCGGUUAAGUAUCACAAUCUCAUAAUGGAGAUGAGCACUGAUUCUUAGGCCUUGGCGUAGUUCAGGGCCUAUCCUUUAGCAGCUAAAAAGAGCACUUUGGCUGUAACUCAUUGGAGUCUAGUCUCAUAAUUUUAGGAUAUUUCUAUUUAAGUCUUAACCACUAUUGGUAGCAACUGGAAGGAUAAUCAUUCAUUACAAUAAAUAGUCAACAGAAUAAAUAUCCGACAAGAAUUUAAGAAGCGUCUAGAGUAUAAUUCCGUAGCGCUUUGAAAUCCACCCUGGGAUUCGGAAACCGAGUAGAAAACUACCUGGUUCAGCAAACGAGAAUUCAAACAGAGGAGGGGCUUGGAGGAGGCGGGUUUCGACGAACCCAGAGCAAGAGUACGCCACGGCGCCUGCGCAUCCCCUGACGGGUACUUUCCAUUCGCCAGAUGGGGGAAGCCAGGGGGAAGCAGGUUAGUGUUUUUGCAUUUCUGUCUUCAAGGAAGAAUUAGGUUAUGAAUAGUUCCGUGAAUAGUCAGGAAGCGCUGUCCUCCAAGUUCAAGAUUAAGGAAACGUGGCAUGCACAGCUAAAGCAAGAGGUGACGUCUUGUAUCUUCCCCUGUUUCCUGGGACAUUGGUGGUGUAGCCCAUUCCACAGACUUUCGCUCCCUAGCAGCGGGUCGGAGAUCGAAGGAACGGGCCAAUUGCGGCUGAAACGUCUUUGGAAGGAGGAAGGGGGUGAGGGAGCAUCCCUUUGAGUUUCGCCUCUUCUCGAGGCGGUGGUGGGAAGGGAGACAUACUUAAUACUGCCCUCUUAAUCCAACGGAUCUUACAUCGUGUAGACUGCCGGGAGGGCGGCGGGAAAAGGGCAAGACGGGAGUUGGGGAAGGGAAGGAGCCAGGAAGCCGCGCGGGAGGGCGCGCGCGCGCGCCCCUUUUUCAGCAGUGUGGCGGGGUCGCACGCACGCCCGCCUCGGCGGCUGGGCGCGAUUUGCGACAGUGGGGGGGGCGGUGGAGGUGGCGGCGGCAGCGGCAACUUUGCGGCAAGCUCGGGCCGGGCUUGCUUGACGGCGGUGUGGCGAAGGCCCCGCCCCAGGCGGCAGGAACCUGGAGGGAGGCGGAGGAAUAUGUCCGAGAGGGAAGUGUCGACUGCGCCGGCGGGAACAGACAUGCCUGCGGCCAAGAAGCAGAAGCUGAGCAGUGACGAGAACAGCAACCCAGACCUCUCUGGAGACGAGAAUGAUGACGCUGUCAGUAUAGAAAGUGGUACAAACACUGAACGCCCUGAUACACCUACAAACACGCCAAAUGCACCUGGAAGGAAAAGUUGGGGAAAGGGAAAAUGGAAGUCAAAGAAAUGCAAAUAUUCUUUCAAAUGUGUAAAUAGUCUCAAGGAAGAUCAUAACCAACCAUUGUUUGGAGUUCAAUUUAACUGGCACAGUAAAGAAGGAGAUCCAUUAGUGUUUGCAACUGUAGGAAGCAACAGAGUUACCUUGUAUGAAUGUCAUUCACAAGGAGAAAUCCGGUUGUUGCAAUCUUACGUGGAUGCUGAUGCUGAUGAAAACUUUUACACUUGUGCAUGGACCUAUGAUAGCAAUACGAGCCAUCCUCUGCUGGCUGUAGCUGGAUCUAGAGGCAUAAUUAGGAUAAUAAAUCCUAUAACAAUGCAGUGUAUAAAGCACUAUGUUGGCCAUGGAAAUGCUAUCAAUGAGCUGAAAUUCCACCCAAGAGAUCCAAAUCUUCUCCUGUCAGUAAGUAAAGAUCAUGCUUUACGAUUAUGGAAUAUCCAGACGGACACUCUGGUGGCAAUAUUUGGAGGCGUAGAAGGGCACAGAGAUGAAGUUCUAAGUGCUGAUUAUGAUCUUUUGGGUGAAAAAAUAAUGUCCUGUGGUAUGGAUCAUUCUCUUAAACUUUGGAGGAUCAAUUCAAAGAGAAUGAUGAAUGCAAUUAAGGAAUCUUAUGAUUAUAAUCCAAAUAAAACUAACAGGCCAUUUAUUUCUCAGAAAAUCCAUUUUCCUGAUUUUUCUACCAGAGACAUACAUAGGAAUUAUGUUGAUUGUGUGCGAUGGUUAGGCGAUUUGAUACUUUCUAAGAGUGGCCGUGCCAUUUUACAUUCCCACCAGCAAUGUAUGAGAGAUCCAGUGUCUCCGAAUCUUCGCCAGCAUUUGUCUUGUGAAAAUGCCAUUGUGUGCUGGAAACCUGGCAAGAUGGAAGAUGAUAUAGAUAAAAUUAAACCCAGUGAAUCUAAUGUGACUAUUCUUGGGCGAUUUGAUUACAGCCAGUGUGACAUUUGGUACAUGAGAUUUUCUAUGGAUUUCUGGCAAAAGAUGCUUGCAUUGGGCAAUCAAGUUGGCAAACUUUAUGUUUGGGAUUUAGAAGUAGAAGAUCCUCAUAAAGCCAAAUGUACAACACUGACUCAUCAUAAAUGUGGUGCUGCUAUUCGACAAACCAGUUUUAGCAGGGAUAGCAGCAUUCUUAUAGCUGUUUGUGAUGAUGCCAGUAUUUGGCGCUGGGAUCGACUUCGAUAAAAUACUUUUGCCUAAUCAAAAUUAGAGUGUGUUUGUUGUCUGUGUAAAAUAGAAUUAAUGUAUCUUGCUAGUAAGGGCACGUAGAGCAUUUAGAGUUGUCUUUCAGCAUUCAAUCAGGCUGAGCUGAAUGUAGUGAUGUUUACAUUGUUUACAUUCUUUGUACUGUCUUCCUGCUCAGACUCUACUGCUUUUAAUAAAAAUUUAUUUUUGUAAA